AUGACGAUUGACACCUCCCCGCCCGCUUUCAAUGUCGUAAACACCAUCGAUCUUGUCUCUAUCAAGGACAGCAAGGUCGUCAGCGUCGGCGUCUACUCGGGCCGUGCUGAAAUUACGCGGUUGUUCAAAUUCAACGUCAAGACGGGGCAGAACCAGCUGAACAUUGUUGGGCCCUUCCGAGAGUGCUGGACAAAGGAUUUCUUCCGCGUCGAAGGUCGCGGUGCAGCCACCAUCCAUGACGUCACCAUCUCUACCAUCACGCUCAUUCUUUCUCCAACCCUCGAAUCUCUGAACGCUCACGGUGAGACAUCACAUAUGCAUCAUCCCUUGCACGCUGAGCACCUCGACGUUUGCCAGCUACAGGAGGUGGUCCGAGGAUAUGACACGACGGCCGGGGAGCUUGACGACAAGGUCACGGAGCUGGAGGAGCAGCUGAAAGAAACCGAAGAGGCAAUCACUCAAGAGAGGAAUAAGCUCACGGGGCCGACUGGGAAUGAGAAGCUGAAUUUGAAGGCGACAAUUGAAGUCUUUGCAGACUUUGAGGGGGAGAUCAAGAUUGCGCUCAUUUAUGAUACCUCCCCGCCCGCUUUCCAGGUGGUAAACACCAUCGACCUCGUCUCUACCAGGGACAGCAAGAUCAUCAGCGUCAGCGUCUACUCGGGACGUGCGGAAGUUACACGGUUGUUCAAAUUCAACGUGAAGACUGGCCAGAACCAGCUGAAUAUUGUUGGGCUUCCACGAGUUUUGGACAAGGAAUCUUUUCGCGUCGAGGGCAGAGGUGCGGCUACCAUUCACGAUGUCACCAUCUCCAGCAUUGCUCCCCCACCCGUCCCAACGACUUCUCCAGCCCUCGACUCAUUGCUCGCUAAGAAAAAGCAGGACGAGAAGGCCCUUGCGCGUGUUCAGAAGUCUUUAAACUCUCUUGAGACGUACCUCAAGUCCGUGAAGGCUCAGCAUCUCGACGUUUCCAAGCUGCAGGAGGUGGUCCGAGAGUAUGACACGACCGCUGGCGAACUCGACGACAAGGUCACAGAGCUGGAGAAGCAGUUGGAGGAGGCGGACGAGGCCAUUGCUGAAGAGAGGAAGAGGCUCGCAGGGCCGACUGGGAACGAAAAGCUGAACUUGAAGGCGACGAUUGGGGUCUUUGCAGACUUCGAGGGGGAGAUCAAGAUUGCACUUAUCUAUGCUGUAUCUCGUGCAACGUGGAGCGCUGGGUACGACAUUCGUGUCGACAUGCAGGCCAAGGAGAAGCCCAUUUCCCUCAUCUACAAAGCCUCCAUCAACCAAAGCACCGGCGAAGAUUGGGACGACGUUCCUCUGACCCUCGAAACCGCAACACCUACGUUCGGCGUCGGUGUUCCAGUCCUCACGCCCUGGACAUUAUCGGUCUAUCGCCCAGAAAUAUACUUCAAGAAGAGAGCACUACCCACUGCGCCUAUGAUGGGUGCACCACCUCCACCCCCACCAGGACCUCUCCCAGUGCCCAUGUUUUCGCGGCGCUCCAGCUCCUCAAGCGAGGACGCCGAAAUUCAAUAUCGAGGACUGCAGGUGUCUUCUAAAGGCAAUGUCAGCGCCACGUUCGGCGUCCCAGGACUGAUCAGCAUCCCAAGCGACGGCGAGGGUCAUAACGUAACCAUUGUGAAGCUGUCGUUGGAUGCCGACAUGAGCUGGGUGUGCGUACCGAAGAAGGACAGCAGAGUUCAUUUGAAGGCGAAGAUCAAGAACGCGUCCGAGUACACACUCCUCGCGGGAAAUGCGAGCGUUUAUGUUGAUGGUAGCUUUAUUUCCAAGUCGGAGGUGCCUCUCGUCAGCCCAGACGAAAGCUUUGACUGUCCUCUUGGACUGGACCCGUCAAUCAGAAUUACCUACCACCCUCGUAGCAAAAAGACUUCGCGAUCCGGGUUUUACAACAAGUCAACCAUGCAUUCUUACUCGCAGCGUAUCACUGUGCACAAUACGAAGUCCUCGUCUGCUGGGGGCGGUACCGAUGACCUGAAAAUCAAGAUCAUCGACCAGGUGCCCGUCUCCCAAGACUCGACCAUCAACGUCAAGCUUGUCCAGCCCUCUUUGGUCCUUCCCAACGCAGAAGGUGUUGGCACGGUCAGCAGCGCAGCAGGUUCAAGCGAAAAGGCCAAACUUCCACCUCCUCUCAAGGUGUCCUCUGGGGUAGUCGCUACAUGGGACGGCGCAGAUGAAGUGAGCCUCGGGCAAGGACAGGUGGACGUGGACGUGGAUGCAUUGGGCAGGGAAGGGCGGCUCUGUUGGAUUUGCUCGGUUGCUCCUCAGAGUAAAGUUGGUCUGGUGCUUCAAUGGGAGGUUUCAGCGCCGUUGAGGACUGAUAUCACUGGCUUGUAG